UGUGCUGAUAUCCGAUAUCGAGAGAAUCGUAAAUAAUGGCGAUUGCACUGCUCCUAUAUCCCUGGGCUGACCUCGGUAGGUGGACGCUCAGUGUACAGGGAGCUUUACCGCGUGUGUAAAUAACCCUGACCUGGGAGUGUGGACGCACAGUGUAGAAGGAGCUUUACUGUGUCUCUAAUCCUGAACCUGGGAAUGCAGCUUCACAGCGUGAGAAGCUGCAAGUGGCAAGAUUGGGUAACAGAAUGUGUCUUACUAUUACAUUUCUCGUGUCACAGGGCAACUUAAGUCUGUCGUUUUUCAGGACGGUUAAGCGUGAAAUUCCCGGGAACAAAAGAGCUCAGAAUCGGGUUUGGGAAACCGUGUUUCGCACAUUUCUGUGGAGCAGAUACAGAGGGAACUAACAAGACCUUCAAAAUGGGAAAUGAAGGCAAUAUAACAGUGGAGAUGGCCUGCCUGGGCCGCCCUUUCAGGCUGGGAAUGCUGUACGAUUGUCGCUCAGACUCUCUUAUCCCAGGAAUCACAUUGUGGGAUUUGGAAACGCUGAAUGCGAGUGUGCGACCGCAGCCCAACACUCAAUUUCAGAUAAUUGCAUCAGACAGCAUCGAGGACAAAUCAUCUGCCCUGAAUGUGACAGGAGAGCUGAAAGCCAGUCUCCUGGGCGGAAUGAUCCAGUUACAAGGAUCUGCCAAGUACCUGAACGACACAAGGAAGUCCCAGCACCAGGCCCGAGUAACGCUGCAGUAUUCCACCACGACCAGAUUUGAACAACUGUCCAUGAAAUACUUGGGGGAACAGAACAUUUCUGACCGUAAAGUUUUUGAUCAGGGCACAGCCACGCACGUGGUGACAGCAGUGCUAUUCGGGGCUCAGGCCUUUUUUGUGUUUGAUCGAGAGAUCUCGUCCUCAGAGAGUCUUACCGACGUUCAGCGUCACAUGGAAGCAAAAAUUUGUAAUAUCCCCAAGAUUGGAAUUGACGGUGAAGUUUCCCUGAAAAUGUCAGAAGAAGCAAAAGUAAAUGACAAGAAAUUCAGCUUCACCUUCUACGGUGAUUAUGCCCUUUCAUUCAUCCCCACCACCUUCGUGGACGCCAUCGACAUUUACACAAGCCUCCCCCAGCGGCUGGGAGAGAAUGGAGAACAUGCAGUGCCCAUGAAAGUCUGGCUCUACCCGCUCAACAAGCUGGACUUCAUGGCAGCACAACUGGUAUGUGGCAUCAGUGUGAACCUGGUCAGUCGCUCACAGGCUCUUCUGGAGGCCCUCAAUGAGGUGGACAUGAGGUGCAAUGAUAUUAUGACAGAAUUUGCCCGCAUCCCAUUUCCCGAGAUCAAACAAAAGCUCCAGAGGUUUAGAGCGCGGUGUGCAGAGCACAGGCUGGGCUUCCAGAAGCGCUUGGCUAGCAUUCUGCCCUCUAUCCGGGGAGGCGAGAAGGAGGAGGGAAUUCUGGCCGAUAUUCUGAACGACAACGGGCAAUCACCAUUGGAAAGCCAGUCACUGACUGAAUGGCUGAACAACAUGCAUCAGGAAAUGUUUGUGGUGAGAAAUUAUCUCACAAAAAUGAAAGACAUAAAGUGUGUGACACAGAAUGAGCUCGAUACAGAGGUUUUGGACCCAAUGAUCGAGCACGUGGUCUGCUUCACGUUCACAUCACUACAUCAAGAAGAUUUGCAUCUGUCAGAAAUAGACAAUUAUCUGCAAUCUCAAAGCCUUGGGAAAGCAUAUCUGCCAAUACCUGCCAAUCCUGGCCAGGAGCCAUGGUUCCGCUCCUCCCAUUCGAUGCGGGAGUGUGCACGAAUAUUCCUGGGUUUUUACACAGCCAACAGAGCAGAUGAGAGCACCAAGUACGUUGUUGCCUCUGUGCCAGACAAGGACCACCCGGGAGCUUCCAUUUACCUGUAUGAAGAUGGAACGUUACUGAGCAGAUGUUUCAAACCUCCAUCGAAACCUCCGACUCCCUCGGUGUGUGGAAGGUCACACGACAGUGUCAGCCUGAACUUAAAUCCAGCAGACCCCAAUGCUGGUCUGACUGUGGAGUACAGAGUGGAAUACCGCACAGCCCCACAGGAAGGCUGGAGCAUACUGACCACCCAGGAGCAAACAGAAGCCACCAUACCUUGUUUAAGUCCAUACAAAAUGUAUCAGUUCCAGUACAGAGCAGUGAGCAAAGAGAAGCUUCAGAGGUUCAGAGCGGACAGCCAGGUCAGUGACACUGUGAGUGUGUCGACACUUCCCACAAGUGCCCCUGGGAAGCCUUCGAUAGUGCAGAAAGAAGCGUUUGGUGUGCAAUUGACCUGGGACAAGCCCGAUGUUGUGGGAGAUGGUGUCACUGUACAGUAUUACAAGAUACAAUACCAAGAAAGCAGGAAAACCUCAAAUGCUGAAUGUGACCAGUGGCAGGAAAUCAGGACAAAGGACAGUGAAUGUCUUUAUAUAUUAGCGGGAUUGAAACCCAGCACAUCCUACAUCCUUCGUGUAUCCGCUGUUUGUGCUCAGGCAGGUGAGAGCGCACCAAGUUUCGAGACCUCACUAACAACAAAGGACAUACCAAAGUCACCGUCCCGAAGUUUUCUGAACGAAAGCAAAUUACUGAAAAAUGGGAGCCCUUCGAUUUAUGAGCUCCAGCGUGUGAGAGUUGAAAACCAGGGAGACUUUGAAAAAUACAGUUGUGGAAAGGGAUUAUUCACGCGCAAUAUCAAGUCUAUCAUGGUUCUCGGAGCUACAGGUUCGGGGAAAACCACCCUCAUCAACGCCAUGGCCAACUAUAUCCUCGGAGUGGAGUGGGAGGAUGAUUUCCGAUUCAAGUUAAUACACGAAGAGACUAACAGAUCUCAGGCUGAAAGUCAAACAGCUUCAAUCACUGCUUAUGAACUCAACAACCAAGAGGGAUUCAGGAUUCCUUACCCUCUGAUUAUUAUAGACACCCCAGGAUUUGGAGACACCCGAGGAAUAGCACGAGACAGAGAAAUCAUUGAAAAGAUCAGAAAUUUCUUUACGUCCCCACAGGGUGUAGAUCAAAUCGAUGCCAUAUGCUUUGUUGUCCAGGCCUCUUUGGCCCGACUGACUACGACACAGAAAUAUAUCUUUGAUUCAAUUCUUUCUCUUUUUGGCAAAGAUAUUGCAGAAAACAUCCGAGUGUUGGUCACCUUCGCAGAUGGACAGCUUCCUCCUGUUCUAGAGGCAAUCAAACAAUCUGAGAUCCCGUGUCCCAAAGGGGAGGAAGAUCAACCACUUCACUUCAAAUUCAACAACUCGGCCAUUUUCGCCCAAACUGGAACAUCUGUUAAUAAUGUCAACACCAGGAACUUUGACAAAAUGUUCUGGGAAAUGGGAACAGCCAGCAUGGAGCAUUUCUUUAACGCUCUGCACAAAAUGCCUACAAAGAGUCUACUUUUAACCAAGGAGGUUCUUGAUGAGCGGAAGCAACUCGAUGUUACUGUGGAGGGCCUGCAACCGCAAAUCAAUGUGGGUUUGAGCAAGCUGGAGGAGAUUAGGAAAACACAGCAUAUUUUGCAGCAGCACGAAGCUGAAGUGGCGGCAAAUCAAAACUUUGAGUAUGAUUUUGAAUAUACAGUACAAGAAAAGAUUGAUAUCAGCGGGACGGGAACGUUCAUAACUAAUUGUUGUCAUUGUAACUUCACAUGUCACUAUCCCUGUUGCAUUCCCAAUGACGGACACAAACAUCGCUGUGCAGCUAUGAAAUCGGGAAACUGCACGGUCUGCCCCAACCAUUGUCACUGGAGUGCUCAUUUCAAUCAAACUUACAAGUUUAAUUAUAUCAAGAAAACUGAAAAGAGAACGUUUGCGGAGCUGAAAGACAAGUAUGAGAAGGCCUCCGGUGAAAAGAUGACCCAAGAAAAGCUGAUGAUGAAAUUAGAGGAGGAAUUACUUCUGAUUGAAGUCACGGUUCUGAAACUGGUGGAAACAUUAUCUCAUUGUCUUGAACGGCUUAAAGAAAUAGCUCUCAGACCAAAUCCACUGUCGACCCCGGAGUACAUCGAUCUGCUGAUUGAGGCGGAGAAACAAGAAAGAAAGCCUGGAUACAUGGAACGCAUUGAAUCAUUGAAUCAGGUCAAGAAUCAGGCACAGAUAUGCGUAAAAGUCAGCAACAAAGUGGACCUCUUACCAGAAGAGUUCAAUAUACACAUACGCCAACAACAAAUGCAGCAAGAAAACAAAAAAGGAAAGAAAGGAUGGUUUAGCUGGCUCAAUAAAUAGCUCAGAAAUCCACUUCGGCUGGCGGUGGAUAGAAUGAGCAAUUGUAUUGACCUCACUCGAUGCUCUUCCUAUGGAUAAUAGGACAACGCAACUCAUUUGCUGCUGGCUUGAAUGGUUCAGUGCAGCUGACCUUCGACGAUAUGAUCUUCAGCAGCUUCCUCCAACUACAGGAGCAUUCCAUGAUCAGGAUGCAGUAGAAUGGCAACCAAAGAGAAUUAUUAACUGUUGUAACGCAACUCAUCAAACAGCUUGGAAGCCUGAAAUUACACAUUUCCAAUCCUAAUUAAUGUAACUCUUAAAUUCAGUCUAAACUAGGAUGUCUCUCGCUCGACCAGUUUGCUGACGCUUCACAUGUGUGUAAUCCUGAACCCAAUGAAUCCGGUGGCUUUGAAGAAUGAUCAUUGAAUGUUCUCUUGUAUUUUUUGUUUGACAAUUAGUCUCAUAGUAACCGAAAGACACAUUAGUGAUUAUAGUGCUGAUAAUUUAUAAUUGCUAUUAGAUGUGGCCUAACCAUCAAUUCCACUAUAAUUACAUUGAUAUAUCGACAUUCACCUCUAAACGACAUCUCACAGCUCUGGAAGACACAGAACUUUGUCUAUGGGCAGCACCGCAAGAAAACAAGUUUCGUCUGGAUGAAGAAAGCCAUACAGUACAGCGGUUGUCAUCCCUACAAAACCUCGCACGAGUGUCUGAAUCAGAACUUCAAGCUGCUUUUUAAACAUGCCCUGAAUCCUGACCUUAAUCACUCAUUCAGAUAAUCUGUACCAGUCGCUAAUUGCCCUCCGUGUAAAGAAAAACUCCCUGUCGUCUGUCCUGAAAUUACAAUUGGAUACUUGUGUCUUCUUCCACUGUCCUGUUGCAACCCAAUCUAUUGAUCUGAGUUUAUUUUUUCAAUCCCAAUUAAAUUAUUAGGUUCCAUCUCAGUCUUCUUCUCUCCAGAGUGAAAGAGACUUCACUUGUCUAAUCGUAGCUCAGAACUCAUUCCUCCAACCUUGGGAUCGUCCUCGUUGCUCUCCACUGCAAAGUCUCUAAGUCCGGGCAACCCUUAUGUCACGGUGACCAGAGCUUUCAGCAAGACUCCAGAUGUGGUCUGACAAGAGCAGUUUGCAGUCUGAGUUUGAUGUCUGGGGAUCUACACUCAGCUGAUAACCUAAUCCAACGCAUCUUGGAUUUCGAGAUACAUUCCAUUGCAAGGCUUUCCGCAGCCAACCUGAACUGUCAAUUCUUUAUAAACCGAUGAGACUCGUCAGACAGAACCUAUCCUUUCUGAGCCUGUGUUGGAUGUCAAUUGUUCGAUUAUAUUUUAGAUAUUUUUUCGUUUCCUUUCUAAUGAUUAACUGCACCGUGGUCUUACUGUUGAGCUCAGGGCAAUGGUGUAUAAUUUCCAGGAUUCAUUUGCCGUUUUUAUAACCCUUGCAUUUGAUAUAUUUGCCUUCUAUAUCGUUUUAUUCCCAGAUGCCUUUGGAGAAUCUGGGUCUCCAGUAUAGUGAAUCGUGCAGCUCAAACAAUGUUUGCUUCUACUGUGGCUGCACGUAGUGAGAUUUUCUCUGAUCAAAGUGAAUAAUUGUGUUGUUAAAUUAGGUUAGCUUAUGCUGCUUAGAUCGAGAGGAGCUGAUUUGCAGAAUUACCAACUUGGUGAUCGUUAUUGUUUUGAUGUUGUCAACGUGAUGGUUAUAUGAUUGUUGUCUUGUGUUGAGGUGACUGAUAGAAAUUCCGGUUUUCAAUAAAUUGAGCUGAGUUAUUGAACGUGUACCUUAGUGUGACAAGUGUUAAUUGGAGGCUGCUGUCACUCUACUUAAGAAGUUGUCAUGAUAUAUUGUGCUAUGAUGAGUUACACUGACUAAGAAGGAAGAAGUGACUAUGUUAUGGACGUUGUAGAUUUUAAUGUAAAUCGCUGAACAGUGUUCAGUUCUGAUGAUUAGCUGACCUGAAGUAAUAAUAAUCUUUGCAUUUGAUAUAGCGCUUUUCACGUCGCGCGGACGUCCCAAAGCGCUUCACAGAACACACUGUAAAGUGAAUUGACUGUAUAUUUGUGGGCGAACGCGGCAGCCAAUUGCGCAAGUAAACAGAGAAGCGUUAUUAGAAAGUGUUGCUGAGCCACAUAUCAGCAGUCAUAGCAAGCGCACCGUCUGCUUACCCAGCCGGGCAGACAUCCCACCCGAAUUGAUGAGAUUCAAGCCACUUGGAUAAACAAGAGUCAAGUGACACGCAGGCAGAAAGAAGAACAGAGGUAGAUGACAAAGGAACACAGCCGCAAGAGGUUCAACGUCUUCGAUUAUCAAUCAUCUAAAACAGGAGGCAGUUGUCUUGUAUGUAUGAACACUGAUAAUGUCAUAAAAGUGAGGUUCAAUACGUGAGCAUAAAGCAUAAUAUUUUAUUGUGUAACCGUACCUGUUCUAACCGUGCUUAGGGAAACUACGACAAUUGGAACCAUGCUUAAUAUAACCAUGCCUCUUGCGACCAUCACUGUUGCGAUCCUGUUGAUUUUAAUCUAGCCUAGCGUAACCAUGUUUACUGCAACGGUGCUUAUCGUAACCAUGCAUAUUAUUAGCAUAUUUAUGGUAACCAUGUUUACUGUAGCCUAGCCAAGUGUAACCAUGUUUACUAUAACUUAGCCAAUUGUAGCCAUGUUUGCCAUAACUUACCUUAUUUUAACCAUGUUUAAUAAAGCGAUGCCUACUGCAAUCAUGUUUAAUGUAACCAUGCCUAGUUUAACCAUGUUUGCUAGAACUUAGCCUUUUGUUAUCAUAUUUACCAUAACCAUGCCUAGUGUAACCACGUUUACUGUAACCAUGCCUAGUGUAACCAUGUUUACUGUAAUCAUACCUGGUUUAACUUGCUUACUGAAUCAAUGCGAAGCUUUAUGGAUUUUUGCCUUAGUAAAUAAAUCAAAUUUUGAGUAUAGAAAA